AUGACCGGAAACCAUGGCGAAUGUUCCCUACAUUCUUCAUACAAAGCGGAUCCAGCUAAAAUUGUCAGAGUGAAAAAAUGUGACAAUGAGGAUUGUGAUUGCAGUACAAAUUCUUGUGACAAUUAUAUAUGUCCAAAGUCGUGUGCUCUGAAAAAGGCUGGAUGUAAAAACCAAGUCUUCGAAGAAUACCGACAACUACGAGGCAAACGCUUUUUUGCCAAAUCCUCUGAAGACAAAGGAACUGGACAAAAUGAGUUCAUCAUUCCUUACAACGGAGAAAUCAUCAUUUCUAUUCCUGAGCUUCAAAUUCGAAUACAAGGAAAAUGGUGA